ACUAAGUUCAGAAGCACACACACACACGAAGCAGCAGUGUGCAGUCCUCCAGCAUCCCACAAUGCAGCGAGUCAAGCGACGCCGGUUUGGUAAUGUGUUUACCACUGAGGUCCCAGAUUUCGGGGGUCCAAAGAAGAUGACGACCCUAGUGUUAGAUAAUGGGGCGUACAACGCGAAGAUCGGGUACAACCACGGGGAAGUCAGUGUGAUACCAAACUGUCAAUUCAGAACGAAGACUGCACGCUUGAAAACUUUCACAGCUAAUCAGAUUGAUGAAAUAAAAGAUCCUUCUGGCCUCUUUUAUAUUCUUCCAUUCCAGAAGGGUUAUUUGGUGAAUUGGGAUGUACAGAGACAAGUUUGGGAUUAUCUGUUUGGAAAGGAAAUGUUUCAGGUGGAUUUUGUCGAUUCCAACAUCAUUAUUACUGAACCUUAUUUCAACUUUAAUUCAAUACAAGAGUCUAUGAAUGAGAUUCUGUUUGAAGAAUAUCAAUUCCAAGCAGUUCUCCGAGUGAAUGCUGGAGCAUUGAGCUCGUACCGAUAUUUCAGAGACAAUCCCUCUGAAUUAUGCUGCAUUAUUGUAGACAGUGGUUAUUCCUUUACACACAUUGUACCAUACUGUCGGAGUAAGAAAAAGCAAGAAGGAAUUAUAAGGAUCAAUGUUGGUGGUAAACUGUUAACAAAUCAUCUAAAAGAGAUUAUAUCAUAUAGGCAGUUACAUGUCAUGGAUGAAACGCAUGUAAUAAACCAAGUAAAAGAAGAUGUCUGUUAUGUUGCACAAGAUUUUUAUAAAGAUAUGGAAAUUGCAAAGCUAAAAGGUGAAGACAACUCUGUAAUGGUAGAUUAUGUUUUGCCAGAUUUUAGCACAAUCAAAAAAGGCUAUUGUAAGCCUAGGGAAGAGAUGGUGUUCAGUGGAAAGCCCACAGCUGGAGAACAAAUCCUUCGCUUGACUAAUGAGAGAUUUGCCGUUCCUGAGAUACUUUUUCAUCCAUCAGACAUAGGGAUUCAGGAAAUGGGGAUUCCAGAAGCCAUUGUACAUUCUAUUCAGAAUCUUCCUGAAGAAAUGCAGCCUCAUUUCUACAAGAAUAUUGUUCUUACUGGUGGAAACACCCUGUUCCCAGGCUUCAAAGAGCGUGUGUUUUCAGAAGUUCGCAAGCUAACACCUACAGAUUAUGAUGUGUCUGUAAUACUGCCUGAAAACCCUAUUACAUAUUCCUGGGAAGGUGGAAAGUUAAUAUCAGAAAAUGAUGAUUUUGAAGAUAUGAUAGUUACAAGAGAUGAAUAUGAAGAAAAUGGACACUCAAUUUGUGAAGAGAAAUUUGAUAUUUAAUUUAUUUGUAUUAUUUUUUUUGUAAAUAUUAUUUUUUCUAUGAAAAAGGUAUCAUUUGUAUUUAUAUUUAAUUUGUUUUUUAUUCUGUUUUUUAUUUUUAAAUGAAUGUAUCUUAAAUGAUAUUCUGAAAAGAUUAAACUCCUUGCUGAACAUUCCAUGGAUUUGUAACUGGACCUCAUGAGUAAAGUUACUAUUAAGAUUUAACUCCAUGCAGAUGGAGUUGUUUAGUAAGAUUUUUUUACUGAUGGUUUGUGAUACGUUCUGCCCCUUUUUUUUUAACAUUGGUUUAAAUUCUCAUAAUGCUCAUUAGUAAUUUGUUUUAUGUAAUUAGUAUUUAUUGAAGUUUUAAAGUAUUACAAUAACCAAAAGUAACAAAUAAAGCGCCUUUAUAAAAGUCUA